AUGCCAUCCUUAAAGACAUCAUGUCCUCCAAUCUCACAAAGUUUGGAUAGUUUGUUAAUCAAGGAGGACAUUUCGAAUGCCCAUUAUGAAAACCAGUUCCCUGACAACCAUUCUAGGAGCUCUUCAAGCGGUCUACAAAAAACUGGAAAGUUUGGGUCUUUACCAACUCGACUUCCUCAGUUUCAUGCUAGUGGACAAGGCCCCUGGCAUUGUGUACUGGCAUAUGAUGCAUGUGUUCGACUAUGCCUUCAUUCCUGGGCAAGAGGGUGCAUGGAAGCACCUUCUUUUUUGGAAAAUGAAUGUGCUCUUCUGCGAAAAGCAUUCGGAUUGCAGAAAAUCUUAUUACAGUCAGAGGAGGAGCUUCUUGGACAGCCAUCUUCUGGUCUUUCUAGCGAAGGAAUCAUAUCAAAGCCCAAAAAAGUCAUAGGAAAAAUUAAGAUUCAAGGCAUGAAUGGCAUCAGCUAUCGCGAGCAUCCAGCUGAACGGCAAAACUUCGGUUAUUGGGUUUUGCGGGCAAAGCCAUGCAGCCACCUAACUAGAUUUGAUUAUAUUUUUAUGAGAGCAUACACUUGCCGUUUUGAUAGAUUAAAAAGUACAACUUACGAGGAAGCAGUCCGAAUGGAUCCUGGAUCAGGGAAGCACAUACAUGUAUGCUAUUUUCAACUGAUAAUCUUCCCUGAUAAUAUUGGAGAUGAUUUAUAUGUUGAAGUGUAUGACUCGAAGGGGAAGUCAUGCGGAAGAGUUGUAGUUCAAGUGGCUAGUAUUUCUGAUAUUAGCGAAAAGAGUUGCUGGUGGCCUAUUUAUCUUGAACCUGAACAUGUACUAGUGGGUCGAAUGCAAGUACACUUGAGCUACACAUCAAAUUCAGAUGAGAAUAAUGAAAAGUGUGGAUCAAUUGCAGAGACAGUAGCAUAUGAUGUUGUAAUGGAAGUUGCAAUGAAAGCUCAACAUUUCCAGCAGAGAAAUUUGAUGCUGCAUGGAAUUUGGAAAUGGUUGCUGGCAGAAUUUGCAGCUUAUUUUGGUGUUUCAGAUGCCUACACAAAAUUAAGAUAUCUCUCCUAUGUGAUGGAUGUGGCAACCCCUACAUUAGAUUGCCUAAUGCUCAUUCAUGAUUUGAUUCUACCUGUAAUAACGAAGAGCAACAGCAUGAAUAGAUUAAGUCAUCAAGAGAAUCGCAUUCUUGGAGAGAUGAGGGAGCAAAUUGACCAGGUCCUAUCUUUGGUUUUUGAGAAUUACAAGUCAUUGGAUGAGUCCUCAAUGUCUGGAAUGGCUGAAGUCUUCGGGCCUCCAAAUGGAAAUCCACCACCAGCACUGGCAUCAGCUGUAAAGCUAUACACUCUUAUUCACGAUAUACUAUCUCCUGAAGCUCAAUUAAAGCUGUGCAGCUAUUUUCAGAUUGCUGUGAAGAAGAGAUCAAGGAGGCUCAUGCUGGAUACGGAUGAGAUUUUGGCCAACAGCACUGAAGGAACUUUAGUGGAUGUUGUUAGCAUCUCUACCGGUUACCAAAAGAUGAAAACUUUGUGCUAUAACAUAGUCAAAGAAAUUAAUGCUGAUAUUGAAAUACACAACCAUCAUAUUCUUCCCAGUUUCAUAGACCUUCCAAACAUAUCAGCAUCAAUCUACAGUGUGGAGCUUUGUACAAGAUUGCGUUCGUUUCUUAAAGCUUGUCCACCUACAGGCCUUUCACCGCCUGUGGCAGAUCUUGUUAUUGCAACUGCUGAUUUUCAGAAGGAUCUUGCUAGCUGGAACAUUAGUCCUGUGAAGGGAGGUGUCGAUGCCAAAGAGUUGUUUCACUUAUAUAUUAUUUUGGGGAUUCAAGAUAAGCGUCUUGCAUUGCUUGAAUCCUGCAAACUAGAUAAGGUGAAAUGGUCUGGAGUUCGAACUCAGCAUUUGACAACUCCCUUCAUUGAUGAAGUUUAUGAUCGCCUAAAGGAGACCUUGAAUGAAUAUGAAAUCAUCAUGCGUCGUUGGCCCGAAUAUAUACUUGUUCUAGAAAAUGCAAUUGCGGAUGUCGAGAAGGCGAUGAUUGAGACUUUGCAAAAACAGUAUGCAGAUGUUCUAAAUCCAUUGAAGGAUAGCAUGGCACCUAAAUCCUUAGGCCUCAAGUUUGUGCAGAAACUUGCUAAAGGUAAAAAGGUCUGCCCUUAUAACAUUCCUGAAGAGCUUGGAAUUCUCCUGAAUACCAUGAAAAGAGUACUUGAUGUAUUGAGGCCCAGAUUAGAAAUGCAGUUGAAGUCUUGGGGUUCUUGCAUACCUGAUGCUGGGAGUGCGAUAGCUGGAGAACGCCUGAGCGAAAUUGCUGUAAUUGUGAGAUCCAAGUUUAGAAACUACCUCCAAGCAGUUGUGGAAAAACUUGCAGAGAAUACUCACGCACAGAGUGCCACAAAUCUUAAGAAAAUUCUUCGAGGAUCCAAAGGCAUUGUGGCUGAAAGUGAUGUUCGUAAGAGAAUGCAACCCCUGAAAGAUCACCUAACGGAGACCAUAAAUCACCUUGAUAAAGUCCUCGAGGUAAAUGUUUUUGUUUCUGUGUGUCGAUGCCUUUGGGACAGAUUGGGACAAGAUGUUCUGAAGUUCUUGGAGAAUCAUAAAGAGAACAGGUCUCUGUGUAAAGCUUCAAGGGCCACUGUAGCUGUUCUUGAUGAAACUUUUGCAUCACAGAUGCAGAAGUUGCUUGGAAACAACACAUUGCAGGAGAAUGACUUGGAACCUCCAAGAUCAAUAUUAGAGGUUAGAUCGAUUCUCUGUAAGGAUGUUCACAAGGAUUCUAGUUUCAAUUACCGAGUGCGAGCUUGAUUUUAGAUUAGUGAGCUUGGGUACAAAUUUUUAUUUUUUCCAUUUUUUUCUCGUAUUAAUUCAAGGUUAGAUUUGAGCUCCUGUUGAUAAGAUAGAUAAAAAAAGUGUCAUUAUAU